CACACACUGAGUCCAACACACAACAAACACACACUGAGGACAACACACCACACACACACACUGAGGACUACACACCACUAAGUGUCUCCACACCAGCGUUGGAUGCAGGUUCAUGUUGGGAUGAACUCCAGGAGUCUGAGAAUGGACAUAACGAGGAAGAAGAGAAGGAGGAGGAGGAGGAGGAGCAAGAGGAGGAGGAGGAGGAGUGCUGCUGUGAGGAGGUUGGUGGAGGAAGAGCUGCAGAGCUUCAGAAUGAAGGCUCCAGCAGUGAGACGCCUCCUGUCCAGUCAGACAUGAGUCUGUUUACUGGUCCCAGUCCAGCAGAACCACAACAACCAGCAGACCGGUCAGCUGCUCCUACAGUCCCAGUACAGCUCACUCAGUCCUCCCAGUCCAGCUUCAACAGUGUGCUGCUGAGGUCUGGAGUUCUCUGUCUGCCUGGAACCAGAGACAGAGGUGGACGAGCUCUGCUGACGGUCUGCACCACGAACGCCGUGUGGUCGAACCCCGACUGCGACAGCGCCGAGCUGCUCCGCCUCCUGCUCUACUACACCUCCACCCUCAGGAAGGACGUGCGAGCGCAGGGGCUGACGGUGCUGGUGGACGCCCGCAGAGCUGCUCCUGUCCCCGCCCUGUUCUCCGCCCUCGAGGCCCUGCAGGACAACAUACCAGGAUCCAUCCACACUGUGUUACUGCUGGUCAACAAGGACUCGUCUCUACGUCUGGACAAACCUGCAGCCACACAGGUGGAGGUGUUGAGCUCUCUCAAGUCUGUUCAGAAACAUGUGGAGCUCCGUCAGCUUCCUGCAGAGUUUGGAGGUUCCUUCAGCUUCAGUCAGAGCAGCUGGCUCUGCUUCAGAUCGAGAUUGGAACAGCUGACCAAUCAGUGUGAAGACGUCAUCAACCUGCUGCAGAAAACCAUCAACAUCCUGCAGUCCACACCUCUACCUGCUGCUGCUGAGGAGGCCGAGCUGCUGCUGUCCAGGUACCAGGCGGUGAUGCGUAGCAUCCUAGAAGACAGCCGAUUGGUCCAGCUGCAGCAGGAGGGCGGAGCCUCACUGUCGCGGCUCCGCAGAGAGGAGAGCAGCAUCAGCGUGACCGAAGACUACCGGGCGGCGGUGGAGACGGUGUCCUCUCUGUACGAGCAGGUGGACGAGCUGCUGCACCGCCUGGUGACUCUGUCCAACGCCAGGACUCAGGAGCUGCAGUUCAUCGCAGAGUUCAGGAACCUGGAGCAGGGCUUCACCGAGGUGAGGUCCUGGCUGGAGGAGGUCGGGGAGGUUCGUCUGAAGAAUCUGGACGAGUCGGAGGAUUCUCUGGAGCUUCUCAACAAAAAACAGCAAGACUUCAAAGAAUUCUACACAACUGCAUAUGAUCGCUGUAAACAUGGCGAGGCGUUGCUGAGUCGUCUGGAGCGCUGGGAGGACGUGACGUCAGCUGACCUCCACCACUACGAGGUCAAAGUUCAUUCUUUCUGGGCUCAGCUGCAGGAUUUCUCCCAGCGGGUCAAAACCACCGGACACAAUAUCGACCGCGCCGUCCGCCUCUACAGCUUCCUGGACCAGGCGUAUGGCUGGGCGUUGGAGGGAAUGCGACACCUAGCCGGUAUCAGUAUGGAGGACUGCACGCUGCCAGACAAAUGCCAGGCUGUGAUUGGCUGCCUGGAGGACUACCACCACCAGCACCCGCCAAUCCCAGACGCCCACUUUCAGGAGAUGAAGGCGGCGGCGGGCGAGCUGCGGGGCGAGCGAGGCCUCCGUCAGUGGAGCUUCGCCUGGUCCAAGUGUCAGGAGACCAAGAAGAUGUUUGACAGGAAGAUGGAGGCGGCGUUAAGGACUCGAGACUCCGCCCACAGGAGGCGCUCUGACUCCACCCAGAGCAGAAGCUCCGCCUCCCUCAGCAGGAAGACGCUGUCAGGACUGUGGGGGGGCCGGGAGACCUCCUCCGCCCCCCCCGAGGACAGCGUCACCUCCUCACCCACCUCCUCCUCCUCCCUCCUCACCCCGCAGCACACCCCGCUCCUCCAGCGUCUGUUCCGCAGCGUCUCCUCAGACGAGGCUUCAGACCGGGUGGAUCUCUGCUCCUCCAGUCCCAGCCUGCCCCGCCUCAACUCCUCCGCCAGCCUCGCCCCCUCCUCCCCCUGCUCCUCCUCCUCCUCCUGCUCCUCCUUCUCCUCCAGCAGACGUCAGCAGCUGAGGAAGACCCAGAGCUUCGACUGUCCCUCCACCCCCGAGGUGUCCCGGUACGGACCGUGUCCUCGCGCCCUCAGCGAACCGGUGCGCCGAGGAAACACCGGCGUGUUCAUCCGCGGUCUGGAGGUCAGCAGCUCCGAGGCGGCCGACCACACGCUCUGCCCCAGAACGGCUGCUCACGGCUGGGCGGGGCAGGGGCUACGCAGCCCCGGGACACCAGGAACCCCCAGGACCACCGGCAGCCCCGCAGCAGACCCUCGACCCAGAGGAAGUAAGCUGCGACACAUCGUGGAGGAGAUGGUGACCACGGAGCGAGAGUACGUUCGCUCUCUGCGUUACAUCAUCCAUCACUACUUCCCAGAGAUGGACCGAGCCGACCUGCCUCAGGACCUGAGGGGGAAACGCUCCGUCGUCUUCGGGAACCUCGAGAAACUUCUGGACUUCCACAGUCAGUUCUUCCUGAGAGAGCUGGAGGCCUGCUGGAAACACCCGCUGAGAGCGCCGCACUGCUUCCUGAGACACCAGGAGCAGUUCAGUCUGUACGCUCUGUACAGCAAAAACAAACCAAAGUCCGACUCUCUGCUGGCCAACCACGGACACUCCUUCUUCAGGAGGAAGCAGGUGGAGUUGGGGGAUAAGAUGGAUUUGUCUUCGUACCUGUUGAAGCCUGUCCAGCGGAUGAGUAAAUACGCUCUGCUGCUCACUGACCUCAUGAAGGAGGUGGGCGUGGCCCAGGAGGCGGAGCUCGUGGCGCUGCAGGCCGCCACCAACAUGGUCAAGUUCCAGCUUCGCCACGGCAACGACCUGCUGGCAAUGGACGCCAUCCGUAACUGUGAUGUGAACCUGAAGGAGCAGGGUCAGCUGAUCCGGCAGGACGAGUUCACUGUCUGGACGGGGAGGAGGAAAUGUCAGCGUCACGUCUUCCUGUUCGAGGAGCUCGUUCUCUUCAGUAAACCCAAGAAGAUGGAGGGCGGGCUGGACGUGUUCAUCUACAAACACUCCUUCAAGACAGCAGAUGUGGGUCUGACGGAGUCGACGGGAGACAACGGGCUGCGCUUUGAGAUCUGGUUCAGAAGGAGGACGACUAAGAAUCAGACCUUCAUCCUCCAGGCCGCCGCCGCAGACAUCAAACACGCCUGGACGAGCGACAUCGCCCGCAUCCUGUGGACCCAGGCGACCAGGAACAAAGAGAUGCGUCUGAAGGAGAUGGUCUCCAUGGGAGUCGGAAACAAACCGUUCCUGGACAUCCAGCCGAGCGACGCGGCCAUCAGCGACCGAGCUGUUCACUACAUCAUGAAGAGCAGAGGUGCCAGAACGCGGGCGUCCAUCGCCGUCUCCGUGUUCGACCACUCGAACCCUUUUAAACGUGGAACGGUGACCUCUGACCCUUCUUCAUCAGGACCCUCCUCCUCCAGCCUGCUGGGACCGCUCAACCUGCACAUGUACAGUCAAGCCCUGCCCUCCUCCUCCUCCUCCUCUGCUGCUGAAGGCUCCUUCAUCACGUCGUGUAUUGAGGAAGACGAGCAGGAGCAUGAGACGGGCAGUCAGCCCUCUAUGACUACAGAGAGUUCAGACUCUUCGUCUCGUUGUCUCUCCGGCUCCACCGGCUCCGACAGCGGCUGCGUCUCCUCUCACCUGCAGGAGGCGCUGCCCGAGGAGUCCGGCCCCCCCGGCCAGCCCUCCUGCUCCUCCUCAUCCUCCUCUUCCUCCAACAAACAGCACCUCAACAGCCAGUACAUUUCACCUAAAGCGUCUCCAGUCAUCGGCCCGGCCACCAUCGUGUGAGUCAGCUGACCUGAUGGACCGGACUGUUCGUCUCCUUCCUGCUGCAGUUUGGAGUUUUCCGACCGUUUGAAUCAGACACUGAAGGCAGCGUUUAAACAGCACUGUUACACUAAAAAACACUUAUAUUUUGUAUGAUUUUUGAAAGCAGCUGUGUUUAAAAUAUUGUUUUAUUUAUGUUGUUCUGCUGCAGUGCAGGUACGUAGAGUCUGUAAAUAAUGACUGUUAGUUUCUAACGUUGUCGUCGUCUGUAGUUUGACUCCUCACGGCUGCUGUUGUUGUUGUUUAUGUUGUUUGUUUGUGGUGCUGAUCCAGAGUCAGUCUGCCAGCAGCUCGUCCAGUCUGUGAGGAGGACAGGUUUGUGUCUGAGCUGGUCCAGGAUCAGCUGGACUAACUGUACAUGUGUGUAAAUAUCUGUAAACCCACAGCCGAGCGUCUGCUGUCACUUUUCUUACUUGAAUAAUAAACAUGAGUUUGUUCAAAACUGA